GCUGAGGAAAACAGGCUCGGUCUCUUCCGGCCCAGUGCUGUGGGUCUCUGUUUGCUUUGGAAUACGUCAAAGAAAAGGCCUGGAGAGGUUCUUUCUCACUACACAAUUGCAGUAAUGUCCAAUCCUCCUGUGUACUUUGUGUCGUUGAUAACAAGAGACAAUCGCCCACUCCACAUCCAAUCGUUCUCACCUUUUGGUAACAAGGAGGAAACUGAUUUGCCAAUUGACAAAGAAAGCAAGGCUGAUGCAUCUUUGAAUAGUGAAACUGGGACUGAAAGCGUAAGCAGUGGCAUCAAUGACUCGGUAAAAACUACAGAAUUGACUGCCAAUGCAGACGAUUUGGACACUGGCGACAAAGAUGAUAGUGGUAAUAACGCGACUGAUAUCUUUGGUGAAGAAUUGAACACCAUUUCUCUCAUUCAAGAGAGAAAAGCCAACGAAUUUUUAAAAUACAACUUCUUAUCAAAUAUGGCUUUGGAUAUCUUUUUGUCUAAUUUUUUUAGCGAUUCCUCCUCUAACGACAAAGCUUCUGGCUUUUCUAACAGCAACACUAGCAAAUUGUUAUUUGUUCAAGAUGGUAUAUCUGUCUAUGGUUACGAAUCAAAUACCGGUUUAAAAAUUGUCAUUGGAACCUCAUCAAAUGAAAUAUCAAACAAAAACUUGGAUUUGUUAUUUAAAAACAUCCACAAGGCUUAUUUGGGCUUGAUUUGCAAUCCAUUUCAAAGUUUAGAUGAAAAAUCUUUAGUAACGUCUAAAAAUUUUGAAGCAAAAAUUAAAUGUAUUGUCGAUUCUUGGAACGCAAAACAAUAAAAAAUAAAAAAAG